CUCAAGUAUUGUCUACUGUAUUGGAGUUUAAAUGGAGAGCAUGGCUUCCAACCUGUUUUUAUGGAGCAGCUAUUUGCUGUGUUUUUGCCUGAGAAAUAAUGCUGAUGCUGGAAAUAUAUUCAUACAGCCUCCCUCGAUAGCAAAAAAUUCUCGUAUGGCUGCCAUGGAAAAAAUUGCCAUGAUUAUGGCCGAUGCUGGACACAACAUAACAUAUUUGGCACAUACGGAAUAUAAGGUCCCUGAUGAUUUCGCAACUGCAGGGAUACAUGUCAUGAAGUACCAGUACCCGAAUGAUAAAGUAAUGUAUGUUCCACCUGAUGAUAUGGUUCAAGAGUAUAUAUCGAUGUCUAUCAUAGAUGAGAUGAAAGCAUUUAUGGAACGUGGCUCUGUUACAGAAGCGUACAUUUCAAAUAAUAUGGAAAAUCUUUACACUACAGAAUUAAUUACAAGAUUGAAAGAAACUGAAUUUGAUUUAUCAAUUUUUGAUUCAAUCGAUUUUGUUUUGGGUACAUUAAUGAAAACAUAUUUAGAUGCUCCAACUGUUUUAUGGUCUAAUGCUGGAUUUGAGUUCCACUGCGCUGAUUGGUUAGUUCCGCUAUCCCUAUCAUCAGUGCCAAAUAUAUUUACUGGAUAUUCAAACGAAAUGACUGUUAUGGAGAGGAUGUAUAAUGUAUACUAUUACAUAAAUGAACAAUACUACAUGAGAGAUUGGAUAGAAAUGAAGGAACACUAUCAUGAGGUUUAUGCAACAAAAAUUGGACUUAAUUAUACAAAAGGAAAAUAUCUGUUUGACGCUGAUUUGUUAUUCGUUCAAUCAAACUUUGCUUAUUAUUACCCAAGACCCCUUCUACCAAAUGUCAUUCCAGUACUUGGCUUGAAAGAUCGAAAAGCAAACCCAUUAGUUUCUCCAUUUAAAGAGUUUGUAGAUGGCGCUGAACAUGGAUUUAUCAUUCUAACAUUUGGAUCGAUGCCAACCGGAAUGGAUGCAAUGAGGCGUGAAGUAUUUGCGUCAGUAUUUGCGAAACUAAAACAGCGAGUGAUCUGGCGAUAUGGGGGCCCCACACCUAAAACACUUGGUAAUAAUACAAUGGUUGUGAAAUGGAUUCCACAAAAUGACCUCCUUAGUCAUCGUAACCUAAGAGUGUUUAUGACACAUUGUGGGGCAUCUGGAUCUGCCGAAGCAGUGUAUAAUGGAGUCCCUGUCAUUGGCAUCCCUUUGUUUUAUGACCAACGUCAGCAUUGCGGGAUCCUCACCCAUCGUCACAAAAUGGGGCGAGUUGUCAUCUUUGAUGAAGUGAAUACGGAACUACUUUCAGAUGCUUUAGAUGAUGUCCUUAAGAACCCAGUGUAUAAACAGAAUGCUUUAAAAGCCCAGGCAUUGGCCAGAGAUCAGCCAAUGAGUGCUUCACAAACUAUCAAAUACUGGGCUGAAUACGUCAUGAAGCAUAACGGAGCGGAUCACUUGAAGUCAGUUCCUACGCGGGAAUUAAACUUUUUCCAGUAUUAUUUGUUGGACAUUAUAUUUUCAAUAUUAGGGUUUGCUGUUUUAGUUAUUGUCAUGUUUAUGUCUAUGAUUAGGAAAUGUUUUUCAAGGAAUAAACCCAAGGGUAACAAUGAUUUAACAGAUAAAAAAGUUAAGUAAUCAUAUCACCCAUAAAGCAUUCCAAAAUAUAAAGUUGAUAUUGAUAUUUAUUACAGUGAAUCAGUGAAAGGGCUACAUCUAAUUUGUCACAUGUGGAAUAAAUUGAUUAAAUCAAAUUGAUACAAAACAUUUUUGUUUUUUAGUACAAUUGUUUUUUGUUCCUUUUUACCAUUUCUUGAGAAUGAAAUAAAAUAUCUUUCCUAAGCUUGUUUGAACAAAAUAACAUAUACAACAUUUUCUUGGACUUCCCAAUAUUAUAGUUGUACAAAGGAAAUUUUGGUUGAUUUAACAAAAUGUUUUCAAAACAUUAAAACAAAAAACCCUGAAAUAGAUAAAAACUAAGAUAAACCUUUGAUUUCAUUAACAAGAUACUUUUUUAAAACAACCAA